GGGAGAUCGUGGCGAGUCGCGGCGCAUUUUAACUCGCAUCCUCGUCAUCCCGUACGAGUUUUUGACGCGAGCGAGCGUUUCGAAAGUUUCGUGGAGUGUCGGAAGUGAAGUAAAUUGUCGGGCGUUCGUGCCAACAUUCGUCGUCAGUCGGAUGCGAUGUAUUAUGCAAAAUUGUGUCGCGUUUAAUCGUGUUUUGCAUCUUCUCCGCUGCCUCAUAUCCCGAGUUUCCGACUGAGAAAGAAGCAUGAAAUAGCAUGAAAUCGAUAUUGUAAUGACAAUAGCAUGAGGAAGCAUGAAAUCAAUAUCAUAAUGACAAUUAUUUAAUGAAUUAUUAAAAUUAAUAAAUUAAUUAUUAAUUAAUUAAGUCUUUUGUUUGUCUUCGUGACAACACGAAACAUGUGCAAAAGUUAUUCCGCUGAAAAAAGAAAAAGAAAACGGCAGAAUCGGCGGAAUGAAGCCGCUACCAAUCACAAAAACGUUCCGCAGUUCCACCAUUCCGCAUUCCAUGUGAGCGCACCUUGAGAGAACUAGAUAAUAGUAGGGUAUUUUCUUUUAAUGAUUUGGUCAUACCACUGGUCUGCCAUUGGUAAACAUCAGCGACACCAGCGUCAAUCAGAGGGGAAAAUUAUUGUUUCCUCCAGUUUCCUCUGCCGGCAUGUGUUUUCGAUGUUUUCUUAACAAUAGUCCUUCAGAAUAUUUUGAUCAUCUCGGAUUUCUCUCACGAUAGAACGAUAUUUGAUAUUUCGGGACACUGUAGAAGCGUAUGACACAUCGACAUGCAUGUCUCGCGAAUGUCAAUAUACAUUGUGUUUUAUGUGUGUGCCUUCUUGAACGUCUAUUGCGAGGAAGCUGAUACAUUCGAUGAUGUCACACUACCCACUCCUGAGUUACAAAAAAUACACUCGUUCUUCUAUAUGUCAGCAGACGAAGACUUGCCUAGUUUAGAGGAAAAAAAGAAUGAGCAGUCGCUUACCAUAGCACAGCCAUGCAAGAGCAGAGAACUAGAUGAACGGAACACUCAGGAAGCAAUCUUCUAUAAACGUUUAAUUACUAUAUUAUUAUCAAAUCUUGCGGUACAGAGAAUUGAUGAUAGAUUAGUUGGAACGAUCAAUAUAGAAGCAUCUUCUUCCCAGUUUGAGUAUCUUCAGAACUUUGUAAAUGGCCAAGGUUCUAUAAGGGAAGCUGACAGAAUUCUCAAUAAUGCGAUAAAGCAGUCUGAAUACUCGGCAUGUCAUUAUAUGGCAGAAGUGUCUCAUUAUUUCAAUUUGUUUAUGGACAAAGCAUCAGAUUAUUUGAUAUAUUAUCUAUCAUUUAUGAAAGAACACUGGGACAUAACUAUAAUCUUCUUCACAGUUAUUUCUAGUUUUAUUAUUUUAAGGAGGCAAAGAUGGUCUCGGAGAUUACUUAUCUUUAUCAUGAUCGAUGUUAUAUUUGUAAUCAGUUUUUUCUUAACUUGGUGGCGACUUAUUAAGGAAACAGAAAUCAAAUUAAUGGCGGCACAAUCGCAAUUUGCAGAAAUGCCAAUCGCCUGCCAACCACAUAAAAUGAGUUUUUUGGAUAAAUGGCUUGCGUCGAUUUUUCCUACAAACGAUUGUGAAAAAUACUAUGAAACGAUUAUGACAAAUCCUAGAUUGCAAGUAACACCAGCCUAUGCAUUAACUCAUUUUCUCAGUGUAACAAUUUUUCAACCUUUUUCAUAUUUUGGACUCGUUAUAUCUGAAUUUGUAGAUAAUGCUACUGGUAAAUUGAGCUGGUGGUAUAGGUCCUUUAUCGUAACCGCCCUUUUCUUAAGUAUCUGCGUAUGUAUAAUAUUGAUCCCAUUUUCUUGGAUUGGCGGAUCUAUUAAUUUCGGUAUUGGACCAUUCUUCAGAUUUGGAUUAAAAGGUAGAAAAAAUUCCAAGAAAGAAGAGCGAAUUGAACGGGUUCAUGAGGAUACUACAUCUAAGAAAAAAUUGAAAGAUUCAGAAAAACCGAAGCAAAUUACAUUAGGGCGAGAUAAUGAUCUUGCUGGAGGCGACGCUACCGAGACGAAGCAUCUAAUAGUAAAGUAUAAAAAGUGCAAGUGUAAAUACAAAAAUGGAGAUGGAGAUGUGGAAUGUGAAAAAGAGGAAGAUAGAAAAGACUGCUAACAAUAUCUUUCUUACAUUGUCGCAUAUACAAUGCUUUUAUAGUGUUUUACAUUGGGCGGCACUGAAGCACAUUCAAUGCAUUUUGCACUAAAACCAACACUAUUGGAGCUCGUGUUGAAUUUCUGCAUUUAGUACACACUAAGUGCGCAUCAGUUCGGCCAAUAAAAUACGCUGUUAUUUAAUUUUGUUUCACAUUUCUAAUAAUCAUUAAUUUUUUUAAAUUUAUAAUUAUUAAUUUUUUAAAUUAGUAAUUAUUAAUUUCUAUGUUAUUGAUAAUAAGCAUAUCGAUGUUGUUUGAAAUAAGCUCAUUAUUUAUCUUAUAGUACGAAAAUAUUGGUGACCAUAAGUCGAUUUUAAGGUAACUAUAGUGUCGUUUUAAUAUUUUGCAAAUAUUAAAGAAAUUUAUAUUAUUGUAUUGUAAGAUAUAUAAUUUUUCAUGUUUUUUUACUGGUCUAUUUUAGUAUCGUUUAUAGGAAUUGUACUAUCUAAUCAGCGCGGAUGCGAAUUACUGGUGCAGGGGCACCUUGUAUUUUUAUAAAUUAUUACUACUUGCUGUGAUAGGCCUUGUACUGGAUUGUAAGAUAAUAUUUACCAAUUAGCUUAUAUAUGCAGCUUAUUUUGUAUAGCUUAUUCUAAGUACCUUAUUAAACGAUACAUUAAUACUUAA